AUGGAAGAAUUUUCAGAACAUGUGCAGGUAGCUCUGAAGCAAUUAAUAGCUAAAAGAGAUAAUUAUUUAGGCACUUUAUAUAGAGUUGAAAUUAUUAGUACGGAUAACGAUAAUGGCACCAAGUUAAAUUUAAUUUGUAAAAUUCCAUCAUCUGAUUGGGGCUCCGAAGACAACUGGCAAAAAAUUCAUAUACCAUAUGAAAGGGAGGUGUAUGUUUAUAACGUGAUCUUAAAAAGUUUUGAAAAAUUACAAAAUGACAAAAACUUAAAUGAAAAUCAAAAGUUCGCUUCAUAUGCAUUGUGUCAUGUUGCCAGCGAUGUAAAUAAGAAAGAAUUUUUGAUUUUGGAAGAUUUGCACGCCAGAAAUUUUGUAAUGUUUGACAAAAGAAAAAAAAUGGAUUUUUCUCACAUAACGUUAGUUGCAAAAGGAUUAGCUAAAUAUCAUGCAUUAAGUUUUGUCAUGAGAGAUCAACAGCCUGAAAAAUUCCAUAAAAUACUCAAAUCGACUCAGCCAUCCCGUACUAAACCGAUUACAAUUCCAAAAUUCCUAAAUAAUGACAUGAUUAACAAUAUGUUCAUUUUUUUACAGGAUGGUAAACCCGUUGAAAUUUGCUUCAUCGAUUGGCAAAUAGCAAGAUUCGUAUCUCCUGUAUUGGAUUUAUUAUAUUUCUUCUACCUCAGUACAGAUGAGGACAUAUUUUCGAAAAAUUAUAUUAACUCUAGAGGAACUAGGGUCUGCUUGUAA